UAUAUAUUUAUAUAUAAAACCAAAAGUCCAUCCUCAAGUCCUCUUCACUUACCCUUUUCUCUUCUUGUCACACUCUUUUCUCUCCCAAAUGAAAUUCAAAGCAAUGGAACUUCUCUUUGGUAAAAACACACCAAAACAAAUGAUCCCAAAAGUAACAUUACUAGCUGUUUUUGCAAUACUUGUCUUCACUAUCACACCACUUUCAUACCCUUUAUUUAGAUAUUCAUCAUCCAUGAAAAACAUUAAUAAAGAUUCAAAACAACCAUCCUCUGCCUUUGAUGAUUUAAAUGAGUCAUCAAGUUUGCCUUCAACUUCUAUAAAAAAAUGUGACAUUUUUAGUGGUGAAUGGGUUCCAAAUUCAAAAGGACCUUAUUAUACAAAUAAAACAUGUUGGGCUAUUCAUGAACAUCAAAAUUGUAUGAAGUAUGGAAGACCAGAUUCUGAGUUCUUGAAAUGGAAGUGGAAACCAAAUGGAUGUGACCUUCCUAUAUUUAACCCUUUUCAAUUCUUGGAAAUUGUUAGAGGAAAAUCUAUGGCUUUUGUUGGAGAUUCAGUUGGUAGAAAUCAGAUGCAAUCCAUGAUUUGUCUCCUAUCAAGGGUAGAAUGGCCCAUUGAUGUAUCAUACACAAGUGAUGAUUAUUUCAUGAGAUGGAAUUACCCAACCUACAAUUUUACAAUGGCCUCUUUUUGGACACCCCAUUUGGUAAGAUCCAAAGAAUCAGAUAUAAAGGGUCCAGGUUCAACUGGACUCUUCAAUCUUUACAUUGAUGAGCCUGAUGAAAAAUGGAUAACCCAAAUUCAAGAUUUUGACUAUGUCAUUCUCAAUGGAGGACAUUGGUUCACAAGAUCAAUGGUUUUCUAUGAGAAACAAAAAAUUGUUGGAUGUCAUUAUUGUCUCUUAGAAAAUGUCCCUGAUUUAACUAUGUAUCAUGGUUAUAGAAGGGCAUUUAGGACAGCAUUAAAAGCCAUAAAUAAUUUAGAAAAUUUUAAGGGCAUAACAUUUCUUAGGACAUUUUCACCCUCACAUUUUGAAAAUGGGUUAUGGAAUCAAGGUGGGAAUUGUGUUAGGACUAAGCCAUUUAGAAGCAAUGAGACACAAUUAGAGGGUAUCAAUUUGGAAUUUUAUAUGAUUCAAUUGGAAGAAUUUAAAAUUGCUGAAAAAGAAGCUAGAAAAAAGGGUAUGAAAUUUAGAUUAUAUGAUACAACACAAGCAUCAUUGUUGAGGCCAGAUGGUCAUCCAAGUAACUAUGGACAUUGGCCAAAUGAAAAUGUGACAUUGUAUAAUGAUUGUGUUCAUUGGUGUUUGCCUGGACCUAUCGAUACGUGGAGUGAUUUUCUUUUGGAUAUGUUGAAGAUGGAGGGUGUGAGAUCAGCUGAAGAAAGAAGGCUUCAUUUGCACACAAAUUGAUCAUUGAAAGAGUGUUUUAUUUAUAUAUAAAUUUAUCAAUUUGAUAUGUAAUAUGGCUUGUAAUUUUAAGCUACCAUGCUUACAUGUUUAACUUGUAAAUCAUUUUUAAGAUUAAAUUUGAUUAAUGUAUUCAAUAAUUUUAAGAGCUAUUUUUUCUCAA